AUGUUUGUAGGCCCAUGGGGCUUACCAUUCCUUGGAUACGUCCCUUUCAUCUACGACGAUUACGAGUUGAAGACAAUGAACGCAUUGAGCGAAAAAUACGGCAAAAUCUUCACGCUCCGCCUGCUGAACCAUGACGUCGUGGUCCUGAACGACUGGGAAAUCGUGCGAGAAUUCUUCGGGCGGCUGGAGAUCUCGGGUCGGCCGGACUUCCGGCUCAUUCGUCCAGAAUCGCGGGAACUCGGUCUUGCAUUUGUGCAUGGGAGAAGUUGGCAUGUUAAUCGUCGCUUUACCACCCGCGUUUUCAAGGAAUUAGGCUUCGGGAACAAUGAAGCUUUGGAUUCCAUCAUCCAAGAUUCAGUCAUCAACUUCUGCCAAUUCCUGAAAGAGAAUCGGCACAGGCCCCAAGAGCUUGGACACGACCUCAAUAUUGCCGUUCUUAGCAUCAUCUGGACAAUUAUUGCAGAAUAUGCAUCUGAGCAGGAGAGAAAUGAACAGAGAUGA